AUGGCCACCGCUGCAGAAACACCGUCCUCCGCGGACGCAGACGCCGCCUCCUACGCCGCCUCCCUCCUCGACGCCCAGACCAAAGCCGCCGCCCUCUUCGACGAAAUCGAGCACUCCCUCAUCCGCCCGGGCAUCUCCGAAAAGGCCCUCAGCGACGCCAUCCACUCCCUCGGGCAGACGCGCCACGGCGUCCGCACGCACUGGCACAAGCGCGUCGUGCGCAGCGGGCCCAACACCCUGCGCCCCUUCGAGGACAACCCGCCCGACCGCGUCAUCCAGGCCGACGACAUCCUCGUCGUCGACCUGGGCCCCGUCUUCGAGGCCUGGGAGGCGGACUUUGGCCGCACGUUUGUGCUCGGCGACGACCCCAACAAGAUUAAGCUGCGCGACGCGCUGGAGCCGCUGUGGCGCCGCGUCAAGGCCAGGUUCCGUGACAGGCCCGACAUGACGGGCGAGGAGCUGUAUGGCAUCGCGGUGGAGGAGGUGCGCGCCGAGGGGUGGGAGUUUGGCGCGCCGAUUGCGGGACACAUCGUGGGGUCGUUCCCGCAUGAGAGGAUCCCCCGCGACAAGAUCACGCUGUAUAUUGCAGAGGGCAGCGUCAACUCGAUGGACUGCGUGGGCAAGGACGGGCGAAAGAGGCACUGGAUCUUGGAGAUUCACAUUCGCGACCCGGUGAACAAUCUCCAGGGCUUCUUUGAACAGCUUCUGACAGUAGACUGA